GCUGUAAUUCAAAAGUUCAAAAUGAUGAGAAAAAGAAACGUAUCCGCAAAUCCAGGGUAUCCUCGUGGAUCUUUCGUGUUGAAUAAAGGGCCCCAUUAGAAGCAAACCAAUUGAACAUGAUCUUAGCCGCUAAUCACCGAAGUAAAACUCCACUUAGAUUACUAAUCUUUCCCAAAAUUGAAAACCAAGGAAAGGAGGAACUCUUCACUGAACUAUAAGCAAACCCUCGAGGCGUUGCGUAGCAGCUUAGGGAUUGUUCGAGUCAAACGCUUCAUUUUCGAAGAUGAAAGCAGUCUCCGAUUGGAUCGAUUCUUGUUCCAAAGAGCAAUUGACGACGUAUCAAGAAUGGUUCAUCUUAGCCGAUUCAGACGGAGAUGGCCGUAUCUCUGGAAAUGAUGCAACCAAGUUCUUUGCUCUCUCCAACUUGUCUCGCUCCCAACUCAAGCAGGUUUGGGCUAUCGCUGAUGCUAAAAGACAAGGAUUUCUAGGUUUUCAAGAGUUUGUUAUCGCAAUGCAGCUGGUUGCGCUGGCACAAGCAGGAUACGAUAUCAACUCAGAUAUCCUUAAAGCGGAAAUUAACAAGGAAAAUAUUAAAUCUCCAGUAAUGGAAGGGCUUGAUGGUUUAAUAGAUCAGACAAAGAAUUUGACAUUACAUUCCCAACCAGAGGCAUUUGGGACUGUUCAACCUCAACCUUUGCCUAUCAAUUCAUGGGCUGCUCCAAAAUCUGUGAAGAAAUUACCUCUCAAUGCAGUUACAUCAAUAAUUGAUGGUUUGAAGAGAUUGUACGUGGAAAAGCUAAAGCCGUUGGAGGUCACUUAUCAAUUCAAUGAUUUUGUAUCUCCAUUAUUGACCGACAGUGAUUUUGAUGCUAAACCAAUGGUUAUGCUUCUUGGUCAAUAUUCCACAGGGAAAACAACCUUCAUAAAACAUAUGCUAAGAUGCAAUUAUCCAGGUGCACACAUUGGACCAGAGCCUACAACGGACAGAUUUGUGGUUGUCAUGUCUGGUUCUGAUGAAAGGAGUAUUCCUGGAAAUACAGUAGCUGUUGAUGCUGCUAUGCCUUUUAGUGGCCUGACAACUUUUGGUGGUUCAUUUUUGUCAAAGUUCCAGUGUUCUCAACUGCCACAUCCACUGCUAGAUGAAAUAACAUUUGUGGACACUCCUGGUGUCCUCUCUGGAGAAAAACAAAGGACUCAACGAAGUUAUGACUUCACAGGUGUUAUAUCUUGGUUUGCUGCAAAAUGUGAUCUGAUACUUCUGCUAUUUGAUCCUCACAAACUUGACAUCAGUGAUGAAUUUAAACGUGUAAUUGGGUCUCUACACGGUCAUGAUGACAAGAUUCGUGUGGUUUUGAAUAAAGCGGACCAAAUUGAUACUCAACAACUCAUGAGAGUUUAUGGAGCAUUGAUGUGGUCUCUGGGGAAAGUUCUGAAUACUCCAGAAGUUAUGCGUGUAUAUAUUGGCUCAUUUAAUGAUAAGCCUAUAAACGAAGGAUUUGUUGGCCCGUUAGGGCAGGAGCUCUUUGAAAAGGAACAGAAUGAUCUUCUUGCAGACUUGGUAGAUAUUCCAAGAAAGGCAUGCGACAGUCGGAUCAAUGAAUUUGUGAAACGUGCUAGAUCUGCUAAAAUUCAUGCGUAUCUAAUUAGUCAUCUUAGGAAUGAGAUGCCAGCAAUGAUGGGCAAAGCUAAGGCUCAACAAAGGCUUAUAGAGAAUCUUGAAGACGAAUUUAAAAAGGUUCAAAGGCAGUUUCAUCUACCAGCUGGUGAUUUUCCCGAUGUAGAACACUUCAGAGAGAUUUUGAGUAGCUAUAGCAUUGACAAAUUUGAGAAACUAAAGCCCAAAAUGAUUCAAGCGGUUGAUGACAUGCUUGGAUACGAAAUACCAGAGUUAUUAAAAAAGUUCAGAAAUCCUUAUGAUUGAAUUAACAAAGUUUUUCAUUUUAUGAUUGUUUUUAGGCUGAGAUUUUUUAUAUAAAUGAUGAAUUUUUU